AUGUUUGUCUUCUUCUUCUUCGGAUUUUUCUAUAUAACCAAGUUUGGUUUGUUAGUUAGCGCUAAUCCAUACAAUAUUUGUCAUACAAAAUGUCAUAUUGCUCAAUCAAUUGAUGAUCCAUUUAUCAUUUCUAAUAAAUGUAAUGAAACACGAUAUGAUACUCUCUGUCAAACUGGACUUGUAUUCGAUCAUGUAACUCGAACUAUUAAAAUUACAUUCGGUGGUAUUGUUAUGGAUGAUGAUUUUAAACGAAGAUCACUUACAGAUAAUGAAGAUAGAUAUGAUUAUGUUAACGAGCGUAUUAUUAUAAACAGUACUUCCAUUGUCACUCAGCUAUUCUAUUCAUGUACAUUGAAUGACCGAUGUGACGAAACAUUUUUACUCUCCAUGAUUUCAAAACUAGCAAAGAGAAACUAUCAAGAGAUGCAACAUGUUUUGAUGGAUGUAUUUACGAAAUUUCCUGACUCAAAUUCUCCACGUUGUUAUAAACAAGAUGGUAAUAUUACUACUUGUAAUGGAACAUGCAUUGAUGAGCGAAUAAGAAACGUUAAUAUGAACACGGGUGUUCCAGACUCAAAUGCAUUUAAAUGGCCUUUUAUAUGUGGAGAUGAACCAUCUUCACCUACUGUUACUAUUGCUGCAAUAAAAAUGCCAAUGUCAAAAGGAUCAUCGAAUCUUCAUCGUUCAAUUUCAUUUUCUUGUUCAAAAGAACUUUGUAAUGAACCAAACAAUAUUGAACGUAUCGAACAGAUCAUCAAUAAAAAUAAUGUUUCAUUUUAUCAGUAA